GUAAAAAACACGUAAAGAACGUACUGCCGCUCGCAUUGUGAGGAGAAGCGAAAAUCAGCGAGCUGUUCGUGGCCUUGGAUAUCUGCCACCGGAGAUAAUAUCAUUCGCAUUUGAGACACUGAGGGGAUUUCGGAAUAUGUGGAUACAAAAUCAAAGGCAACCUGGAUCAAGUUGAGGAUCGUGGACAACAAUUUAAAGACGCUUGUUCGCAAACAACCAACCUGUUUUCAAGCAUUUGAGACGCACAAAGAAACAAGUUAAGCCUUGGGAUCCAGUCAUGUCUCGUCGAAGAAGCCACAGCCCCUCGCCAGGGCGUUAUUCACGCUCCUGCAGCAGUAGUGAUCCAAGAGACUUGGAGAGAAGAAUUUUUGUUGGGAAUUUGCCGACCUCCGACAUGGAAAAAAAGGAUCUGGAAGACCUUUUCGCUCCGUACGGCAAGAUAGUCGGCGUAUCCAUGUUUCGUGGGUUCGGAUUUGUACAAUUUGAGCGCAUUGAGGAAGCCGAAGCUGCAAAGGCGGCCCAAAAGGGUCGAAUAUAUAAAGGUUAUAAAAUAGAUGUAAAUAUGGCAGUGGAGCGACGGGGCGCUAAACCUCAACCCCAGCCGAGCCCCCCUCGAAGGGCUCCAUAUGGUGGUUAUGGAGAGAGCAAAGAACCUCGGCCUCGCUCACGUUCACCCGUUUAUGGACGCGAUGGACGUGAUAGCCGUGAAGGGCGGGAUUCUCGUGAGGGGCGGGAUUCCCGUGAGCCUCGUGACAGCCGAGAUGCGAGGGACUCGGGCAGAGAGCCCAGGCCGGCUGCCCGUGACGACUACCGAUACCGCAGCUCAGAGAGCCGAGACAAAGACCUCAGAGGUGACCCCCGAAGUGACCCCAGAGACCCCGCAUACAGCAGAGAAGAAUAUGACCGAUACUACCGCAGUGGCAGCACGGCCGAAGAUUAUUAUCGGAGGAAGGAUGAGCCUUACAGGGACCCUUACAGAGAUCCCUGGAAUGGACGCCGUGAGCCGGAGGAUGAGCGUGCCCGCCCAGAGGAGCGUCGGCGUAACGAGUUGUAUCGACAAUACUACGAAGAACUUCAGCGACGCUAUGACUCUGACCGCCCUGUUGACUGCUCCGUGAUUGUCGUCAACAAAGCGCAGAAUAGGGAGUAUGCUGAGACUGUCGGGCGUAAGGUCCGUGAUUUGGGCAUGGUGGUGGAUCUGAUCUUUCUCAACACAGAAGUGUCACUCACUCAGGCACUGGAGGAUGUUGGAAGAGCAAGAACCCCGUUUGCCAUCAUCAUUACCCAGCAGCACCAGGUCCACCGCUCCUGCACUGUCAACAUCUUAUUUGGCACACCUCAGGAGCAUCGUAACAUGCCAAUGCAGGAUGCCAUGAUGCUGGUUGCCCACAACUAUGACGCCUACAAAGUUGAAAACCGUGAAAAAGAGCGUGAGGAGAUUGCCAGAAAAGCAGCCAAGAUGGCAGAUGAUGUGUUGCUCAGGGAGCCUGACAGAGAAAGUCACCCCAUUUCAGUGCUCACUGCCAUCACACUGCUGUCAGAGAACAGAUUUGUAACUCCAGAAGAACUGGACAGUCUCCUUGCAUACCUGAAGGACAAAAGAGCCCGUCUGCUGCGAGGCUCUGCAGACCCUCUUUCAGCUCCAGUCCAUGUUGCAGCUUCUGCAUCGGUCCACCAUGACAUUCCUCCCUCAUCUGCAGUACUGGCUCCUUCUUCUCAUUCUGCCCUCGCCUCCCAGCAGCCCUCCCACCUCGGCCUAUCAGCUGCCGCUGCAGCAGCAGCCUCAGCUAACCCCAGCCAUCAGCAGGAGCUGCAGGCUAAAAUCCUCAGCCUGUUCAACAGCGGCACUGGAGCAGCAGCAGCAGGAGGUCCUCCCUCCACCUCUCAGGCGCAGCCUUACAGCUCUCUGGGUCCAGUCCCUUCCCAAAACCCACCACCCCGGCCACCCAUGACUGGCCCCCCUCCUUCUGCAAGUCAGGGUUACGGAACCCAACCAGGCCGCAUACCAGUUGCACAAGGUGUUCAGAGACCCCAGACUACUGCUUCAGGGAUCAAUUUUGACAACCCCAGUGUGCAGAAAGCUCUGGACACGCUCAUUCAGAGUGGUCCAUCUCUCAACCACCUGGUGGGCUCUGGUGCUCCCCAGCAGCCUCCAGCCCCCAGGCCAGCACCCAGCAUGGGCCAAGCCCCACCUAUGUCCAUGUAUCCCCGACAUUACUGAAGGGUCAUAUUAAAUUUAUGAUGUAAUGUGAUACAGGUAGACACCCCACCAAUUCCCUGUGCAGUGAAUUUACCUGCUGUGUAAAGUUAGAUAUUAGGAAUGUUUGUGAAAGCUUUUAAGUUUUUAUUUUAUAUUGGGUGUUGUUGGUUGAAUUAAUGACUUGUUCAGACUACUUUAGUCUGUAUUUUCAAUUACUAGCGAGAAGAAAAUUUUCAGUCUUCAUUCAUGUGAGUCAAAGUAUGAAGCGUGUGAAUGACAUUGUUUUGAAUUUGAAAGACUCCUUAAUUCUUACCUAAAUAUGACCAGUUGUUUCUUUUAUAGUUUUGCACAAUGUCCUUUUUUUAAUUUGUAACAUUUUCAUCGUCAUAAUGAGACACGAUUAAAAACUCCAGACACAAUUGCUGUAAUAAAA